AACUAUCAUUUAGUUGCCUACCUCAUAACUUGAACAAGCGACAAUGCGCCAGAGAUGCGCCCCAGAAGCUAUGGCUGGGGAUGACAUGUCCACCAACGCCUGACGACGAACCUGGCCAUCAAAAGGCGCCCACGUGUGACGAAAUGUCCAUCCAUUGGUCACUGCCAGGGAUCACCAUCUUAACCACCCGCAACUUUCCAGUCCCCCGGAUACCAACUUUCUCGGACAACAUCUCGAAUCUGAGCCUGGCGAGUCACCGGCACUCCAUCUAGGCAAUCUGCCCCGGCAUGGCGCGUCAAUGGUUCACGAAAAACGACUGGGAUGUUGGAGCGGGGAUCGUCGGUCUCCUCCAUCUCGGUGGUAUU